CCAACGUCUAACCCAUUGCUUGCAAUUGGCCAAAACGAGAGAAACACAGUCCGUCGAUUGGUGGAACAGGUACGGUCGCAGUUGCCGCGGACAAGAGUGGCGAUCUUGCAGGGUGCGCGCGGGGAUGUAGGCAGAUGUCGAGAACUCCACGCUGGAGGGAUGAUCGGUCUCAUAGAUUCGCCACGGGAGCUGGGUAGGGUGCCGCCUGAAGCAGGAGUUGUGGUUGAGUCGUCCUGAAGCGAACGGUGGAUUCACUGAGAACGGGAGACGAUGCACCGCUUCAACUGGCGUUAUUGACCAUCAUCGGUCGGCCUUGGUCGCCGCCAUCGCCGUCUAAUGCCGUAGGCUACGUGGCACCAUCCUUUCACUAAUUGUUUCAGCUGUCGUCUCGCAAGGUAUCUUUUGGCGACGGCACGACGGCGGAGGACAGCAUCGUCGCGAUCGUUGCCGUGGAAAGAGACAGGAGUGUUUGUCGCCUGCUUGCUCGUCAGCCGCGAAGCACCAAAUUGCCGCUGCCACAUGACGAUCCCGAGGCGAUCGGAUACAUGUAUGUUCGCCCGGCGCAGCGUCCAGAUAAGUCUUGCAGAUGUCAACAUGACCCGCCAACUGUCGGGCUUCAACAUGAUCCCGUGGACAUCGACCAACUGGCACAGCGGCUUACAUCCAUCCGAUAAUGAGAAGUUGCACUUUGAAGGAAUGACAAGCUUUCAUUGACACGCGAGUGUCAAUGCAACUUGCCAUUACCAAUGCAAUAGUCGAUGCAGCUUCGAACGCCGACAUCCCUAUCAUGUAGUUGGAAAAGCAAUGCGUUUGCUCGCGUUGAGCUGUUGAGGUCAUGUAAAUUUCAGCUUCACAAUAGGCACCCACGCCGCCGCGGCCACAAGACGAUAUUUCAUGCGCGCUGUUCCCCAAGCAGCGACUUUACCUGCAAGCUGUGAGUAACAUCAUCUUAAAAAGGGUUGAACGAAUUUCUAUCUCUUUCUAUCUACAUACAUUUCCUGCUCAAACACCCCUUGUAUUAUGCUACCUCCUAUACAAC